CAUUCUCCGCUCGAAAUAUCGAUCGACUCGACAGUCCGUUAGUUAGGCCUCCUCUGUGUUAUUGUUUAGACAAGGUCAAGGAGAUGGACCUGUUUUAAUCGUUUUUUUUAAAUAAGUAAACAUGUUGCAAGUUGUAAUUUUAUCAGUACUUUAACUAGGUGCAAUGUAUAUCGUGCCAUCUGUUUUUGCGAAAUCCAAUAUCCUCAAUAGAUUGUUAAGAUGUCAACUUUCUCCAGGCCUUCGUGAUCGAUCAGGCAACAUACUACAAAACAGAUUGAGAGAGCGGUGUUUCUGGCAUAGUUGUCCGAGUCCUGUCGCUAGUCAUAAUAGUAUGCUUCGCGUUCUGCGGGCUAGCAAAACAUUAUUGCACACUUCUGUUUUCAGUUUACCAUUUAGAUUGAACGUUAACUGCAUUCACACGCGGUGCUUAUUAUUAUCAAAUUUAAAUUCAUGUUUAUCUGAUGUAAGACCGGUUUUAUUAGACAGAAUCAAUACAAGAACAAUACAUUGCAAUAAUAAUGACAAUGUUAAUAAAACUUUUUCAAAUCAAGAAAGGCACACCACCAAUGUUUUGGCAACGCAGAAUGUUCGUCACGCCCAUUCGAAAGAAAAUACAUUCAAGAUCUUGUAUCCAGAAACUUUUAAAAGAGCUUCAUUAUUUGAAGCUGUGAGGACUAUUUGUAGCAAGCCUCCCUCUGAUGAUGUCAGUGGAACAACUACUACUACAUCUACGGAUGCAAAUGAUGUGGAUGAUGCCAAUACUAACCAAAAAUAUGAACCAGUUCCAGAAGAAAUUACAAAGCCGUACAUGUUUCGACGCAAGAAGGUAGAUUAUAGCAGAAAAUACAGUGACAACUCGACCAUCACUGCUAUACGUGCAAUGAAGGAAUAUCUCUUGAAAUCAAGCGAUUUGGAGAAUUUGCGGAAGACAGCGAGGAGGAGUCCGUAUGAUAACCAACAGACGUUAAUGGUCUACCUACGCUCAGAUGUCGAAGUCAAGGCUUUAGAGGUGUGGGGAAGUUUUGAGGCUCUAGAGAGGGCAAAGAAAAAGAAGAAAGAACAGAUGGAAGAUCAAAAAGAAAAUAUAUUUCUGUUAAAGAAAGCCAUCAAACAACAUGACAGUUUCUUUGGUACAGAUAAGCCUACAGAAUCAUUUUUGGAUGGUACAGGAAGAGUUGUUCUCCUGGCCAUUGCAAUAAAUUUAGCAAAUUUUGGAUUCAAAGUGAUAGCCUGGUUAUAUUCUGGCUCAGCCAGUAUGUUUUCCGAGGCCAUUCACUCUGCUGCGGAUGCCUGCAACCAGGCAAUUUUAGCUGUCGGCAUCAAUCAGUCGAUCAAAAAACCUAAUCCGGAUCAUCCGUAUGGUUAUUCUAAUCUUCGCUAUGUGUCAUCGCUAAUCAGUGGUGUCGGUAUCUUCUGUGUCGGUGCUGGUUUAUCUGUUUACCAUGGUAUUCAAGGUCUCAUCCAUCCCCAGGAGAUGGAAUCUCUUCUAUGGUCUUUCUGUAUUUUAGGUGGAUCGUUCCUAUCAGAAGGAGCCACACUUAUGGCAGCUGUUAGUCAUAUAAAAGCACAAGCAAAGAAGAAAAAAGUUUCCUUUAAGAAUUAUGUUCUGCAGAGCAAGGACCCUAGUGUCAAUGUGGUGUUACUUGAAGAUUCUGUCGCAGUUCUUGGCGUUAGUGUUGCUGCCAUCUGUAUGGGACUGACAUCAUUAACCGGAAGCCCAGUCUAUGAUGCUCUUGGUUCCCUUAUGAUAGGAGGUCUUCUAGGAGUAGUGUCAACAUUUCUAAUCUACACAAACACUGAAGCACUAGUUGGUCGUUCAAUACCACAGGAUCAGCUGACUCAUAUCAGUGAGGCACUUGAAAAUGAUGUCAUGGUCAGAGGUGUUUAUGAUGUGAAAGCCACUGUUAUGGGAGUGGAUAAAAUCAGAUUUAAGGCGGAAGUGGAUUUUGAUGGACAAGAGGUGACCAGGUCGUACCUUGAUCGCCAAGAUAUAGAAUCUAUGUUACAGGAUAUGAAGAAGUUUGAAACCUUAGAACAACUAGAGCAGUUUAUGCUUCGUCACGGUGAAAAUAUCAUUGAUAAUCUUGGCAUGGAGGUAGAUCGUAUAGAGAAAGAAAUUAAGAAUGUGAAUCCUGACGUCAGACAUGUUGACCUAGAAAUCCUAUGAGAGGGUAUGGUUGAGGGCGCUAUACAAAGCAUAUUAUGAUCAUUAACAUCUUAUUGAUGUCGGAAAAGUAGCUUUCAGAUUAAACCAUUCAUGGACUUUAUCUGUAUAGAAAAAUGAAGACUCAGUAACAGUAAAGCUUUUACGACCCUUGUGAACUGAUUGGCUUACCACUUUCGAGGGGCGUUCCUUAUUUUUUAAUGGAAACAACUACAAAAUGGCAUACAAAUAAUAAGUGUUACAAUAUUUCAUACCUACAUAUAUUGAGCACAAGUCAUAAAAUUAUUGGAUACAUAUUUAUCGUUAUAAGUAUAUUACAUCUACUGUACGUGUGUAUGAAAUUGGUGUCCCCUCGUUUAAAAAAUUCUGGAUCCGCCUCUGGUUUUACCUCAAAGAAGAGUUUCGGGGACUAUUUUCCCGUAUUUCAAGUAAUUAUUGGAAUAUAUGACGAAAAUGUCCCAAGUUGUACAUUAACAGAGAAAUUCCAAAAUGAAAACUAUAAUAUGUAACAAUGUUUAUUUGCUUGAGAGUAAUAUUCAUAACUUGAAGCUUUUACUUCGGAAAAUCAAAUAAAUAACCAGUGAUUAGUUUUGUAUUUAUUUAUGUAUUUUAUUCUCUCUCUUGCUAUUCACAUAUUUUGUUUUCUUGCCCUCAUCCAAAUCAUAAGGGCAAGUUGUUUAUAUUUUGUUUAUAUUUAAUUAUAAUAUUCUGAUUUAUAUUUUUAUAUUAAGUUCUUUUUUGUGUGUGAUCCAUGAGUGAAGUCAGUCCUGUGUCACUGAAUAUGCUAAUACAGAAAUAAAUUCAUUUUAUGUUUGUAUUGGA